AUGCUUCUGUAUUUAAACAUCCUGGUGCUUUUCCUCCUGCAGCUGGCUGUGUCGAGCUCAAUGGUGCUGACCACACCGUCCAGAGGAUGUCCCACCUGUACAUCAAACUCCACACAGCCGGCUGUAGAUUUGAAUGCCACCGCUCCGGCCGUUGGAGAACCAUGUGGGGUCUACACUCUGGGCUGCGCCUACGGUCUACGUUGUGAACCUUCAGAGGAUGAGCCGAGGCCCCUCCGUGCCCUUCUGGAAGGAAGGGGAGUCUGCAGAAAUGCCAGCAGCGUCAGCCCGACUAAAAAUGUCCGGACUGUAGACCCGGCAACUACUGAGGAUCCAGACGAGGCUCCAUGUCGUAAACUGCUAACUUCACUCAUCAAAGGUCUUGAUGCCCAUUUAAUCAAGUCGCAUCAUGAUAUCUACAUGCCCAACUGUGACAAGCGUGGUUUCUUCAGAAAGAAGCAGUGUUGGUCGUCUCGAGGUAAGCGUCGUGGCAGGUGCUGGUGUGUGGAUCAGAACGGCAUGUCAGUCUCCUCAAACACUGAAAGGAGGGGCGGCCUGAGUUGUUAA